CGCAUAGUGGCAAAUGGAGCCAACACGGCAGAAACAUCAACUUAACCAAUUAUGCACCCUCCCCGCAUACCAAAAAAAAGUAGGUGAGGGCGAACUGGGGAUGGACCAAAGAGCAGUACACAAAUUCAGGACACCUACUUAAUAUACGGAAGAUAAGCAGCCGUUCCUAACUUCCCCCCCCUAUUCACCAUGGCUGAUAUCUUAUUUUCCUCCACUUUCUUAUGUGUGGGUGCUGGUGCACUUGUCGCUGUAGGUGUAUACCGAGCGUCCGAGUCUCGAAAUCUCAACCACAUCCCGUCCGUGGGAUCAUUUGGUCCACUAGGCUCAUAUUGGACUGCAAUUAAAUCUCUCACAAAUAGUCCAAAGAUAGUCCAGGAGGGUUAUAACAAGUACAAGGCAGCCGCCUUCAAAAUCCCUAAUUUGGGACAUUGGGUGGUCGUUCUAAAUCGCGAUCAUGUCGAUGACAUUAUUAGGGCCUCUGACAAGGAGUUAUCUUUUCAUGCGGCCAUAGAUGAUUAUGUCAGACCAGUGUACACUUUUGGCCGUCAGAUUAUCGACGAUGCAUACCAUUAUUCGAUCAUGAAAUCACAGCUUACCCAUGACCUCUCUGCGGUUUUACCGGAUGUUGCAGAUGAAAUAGCGGCUGCACUUGAUGAAACAUUGGACCUAACAGAAAAUGAGUGGAAGUGCGUUCCGGUACUGAAAACUGUCGGGAAGGUCGCUUGCAGAGCAGGCAACAGAGCAUUUGUCGGUUACCCACUCUGUCGGGAUUCGGAUUGGAUUGAGCUGAAUAUGCAACUCACCAGUGCCAUCAUUAAAGAAGGGUUUAUCUUGUCUCUCUUUCCCAAGUUCAUUCUGCCACUAGCAGCAAGAUUUGCAACGAAAACUACCAAUAGGGUUAAACACGGAGCUAGGCACCUGAGUCCCAUAAUCAUAGAACGUCUGAAGCGAAUGGAAGAAUACGGAGAGAAAUGGACCGAUAAGCCUGAUGACUUCCUACAAUGGUGCCUGGAUGAGGGAAAGGAGAUGUCUGCAGAUUUACUAGCUGCUCGUAUGUUAGCCAUCAACUUCGCCUGCAACUCACACAACGUCAAAUCCGCAAAUCCCCAAUAUAUCCAGCCUCUCCGAGAAGAAGUUCAGGCGAUAGUCGGCAAGGAUGGCUGGACGAAAGAAGCGCUGGCUAAAAUGCGGAAGGUUGACAGCUUUCUCAAAGAAGUACAGCGUUUUGAAGGCAAUGCUUCUUUGGGUAUCAAGCGAAGAGCCCUGAAGGAUAUCACUCUUUCUGAUGGAACGUUCAUUCCGAAGGGAACGUACGUCUGUGUUGCGUCUCAUGCUAUUCAUCAUGAUCCUUGCAUCUACGAGGAUCCCGACACCUUCGAUCCCUACCGAUAUGUGAAGUUACAAGACAAGCAAGGCGACAGCUCUCGAUACCAAUUGGUGGCCGUCAGCCCUGAGUCGCUAAUGUUUGGAAUCGGGAAGGCAGUCUGCCUGGGAAGAUUCUUCGCGGCGAUGAUGCUCAAGCUCAUGUUUGCGCAGAUCAUCCUGUCGUAUGAUUUGAAGCUCGGGGAUAUUUCCUACUCAGCAAGCCUGUGCAUUGGACCAGCUAUUGUUGCCAAUUCCUCUGCCAAGGUAAUGUUACGUAGGAGAUCCGAUGAAUAG